AUGGGGGGCGCUGCUUGUCUGCUGCUGCUGCUGCAUCUUCUUUGCCUGGAGGUGCUGCAUGCAUGCAUUGAAGGAAUUGAACUUGAGCAGCAGCAGGAAGCAAAGAAGCAGCAGCAGGAAGCAAAGAAGCAGCAGCAGGAAGCCAAGAGGCAGCAGCAGGAAGCAAAGCAGCAGCAGCAGGAAGCAAAGAAGCAGCAGCACCUGCAAGGCCGGCAGCAAGAAGCUGCUGCAGCGCUGCUGCUAUGA